AUGACUCUUACGCGGACCCAGUCUGGCAAAACGCCAAAGAAGACCGAGCAUCCAGGAUUUGUCGAGACACCUGCACCACGCCGGAAAAGCUCUCGCAAGUCAGGCGUGGCUUCACUGAGAAGCGACGAGUCUGACGCAGCAGAUUCCUCCACCGGCGUCGAAGAUGAGGUGACACCCAUGUUACAGCCCAACCGCAAGACGAGUCGCCGAUCCGCUCGAUUCGCCCCCGAAGAGGGGUCUCGUAAGAAGACGGUCGAACAUACGAACGGCCACAUCCAUGCCAACGGCCACGCCCAUGGUGCAACAGGAGAGACGGGCAAGGUCAUCGAUGGCUGGCGUGAAGGUUCAGACCCGAAAGUCGACUAUUCGGGCCAUUUUGAAUUCGGUGGCUCUCCUGGCGUGUGCGCUAUGAUGAUCGGCUUCCCAUUGUUGAUGUACUACAUGUGGAUAGGAGCAACAUAUUACGGUGGCAAGCCACCAGUACCGAUGGAGGGACAAAGCUUCGUGGAAUUCAUACAGCAUUUGGGACAUCUGGCCUACACCGGCGCCUUCCCCCACCUGAAGGCAUGGAUAAUGUAUUGGACUUUCCUUAUUUUCCAAGGUGGCUGCUACGUCCUUAUGCCUGGCGGUAUCUGGACAAAGGGCAAGUCGUUGGCACACGCAGGAGGGAUGCGCCUGGAUUACUACUGCUCCGCUCUGCAGUCGUGGUGGACCACAAUCUUUCUUGCUUGCGCCCUGCACCUGUCUGGUGCUUUCAAGCUCUACACCAUCAUCGAUGACUUCGGUCCCAUCAUGUCUGUGGCCAUCAUCUCCGGCUUUUUGGUCUCCAUUGUCGCCUACUUUUCCGCCAUCUAUCGUGGGAAGCAGCACCGUAUGACCGGUCAUUUCUUCUACGACUUCUUCAUGGGUGCUGAGCUCAACCCGCGCAUGUUCGGCAUCCUGGAUUUCAAGAUGUUUUUCGAAGUUCGUCUGCCUUGGUUCAUCCUCUUCCUUACCACUCUCGGAACUGCUGCUCGUCAGCACGAACGCUACGGCUAUGUUUCCGGUGAAGUCUGCCUAAUGCUACUGGCUCAUUUCCUCUAUGCCAACGCCUGCAGCAAGGCUGAGGAGUUGAUCGUGCCGACAUGGGACAUGUACUACGAGAAAUGGGGUUUCAUGCUCAUUUUCUGGAAUUUGGCUGGUGUACCCCUGACAUACUGCCAUUCCACCAUCUGGCUUGCCAACCAUGAUCCAGCAACCUAUCCUAUGAACAGGUUCGUCCUAGCCGCCUGGUUUGUGGCAUACCUGUUCGUCUACUGGGUCUGGGACACCUGCAAUGGUCAAAAGAAUCGUUUCCGAGCAAAGGAGAAUGGCGGUGCGGCUCUACGUGCAGCCUUUCCCGCCCUGCCAUGGCAAGAUAUCGAGAACCCGAAGGUUAUUCGGACCGAGGAUGGUCAUACGAUUCUCGCGGACGGCUGGUAUGGUCUGGCCCGCAAGGUCCACUACUCCUGUGACCUUUUCUUUGCACUCACUUGGGGUGCGGUCACUGGCUUCAGCUCCCCUUUCCCUUGGUUCUAUCCCAUUUUCUUCUCGGGUAUGAUCAUCCAUCGUGCUCUAAGAGAUAUACAGCGUUGUCGCAGGAAGUACGGCAAAGCUUGGGAGCAGUAUGAGCGCGAGGUACCUUACCUCUUCAUUCCCUACGUGUUUUAA